UCUGCCUAUUAGACUGUCAAUGUUCAGAUGAGAAAUCAGGUUUUAGUUGAAACGCGUCAAGAGGUUAAACGGCUUGUGCGGGUGCGAGUGUCAGAGUAUCUUAAUAGUGAGUGUAAUUUUUGAUAAAAUAUUAUUUAUUUGUGCUAAUUAUUAGCUCUCCCAUUUCAAAUAUUAUUAUAAAAAAAUGCCAAUAGAUUUUUUUGUGGCCAACUUAGAGUGAAUUGAAAAUUUUCGAUAGUGAGUCAAGUGCAACGAGGUGCAAAGCAACUACAUGCACAGAUAUUAUAUAUAUAUGUACAUACAUACAUAUGUAUGUAUGGAAUAUCUCCUAUUGUGAAAGUUAUAAUACAACGAGUGCUGUUGCAACUUCAGUGACGGUAUCUGAAAACUAAUGAAAAUUCCAAGUAGAAAGAAAUAAAUGUCUAUAUCCAUACAAACAUAGAUAUCUUAGUACCAAUGCUUUGUUUUCCAGUGCAUUUAUAUGGAAUGGUGAAAUGAUUAAAUCGACAAUAUAUUGUGGAAAAGAUACAUACAAAUACAUACAUACAUAUAUGCUGGAUAAAUUUGCAGAUAUGUAUAUAUACAUACAUACAUAUGUACAUAAAUACACAUGCAUGUAACUACAUAAAUGUCUGUUAAAAAUAGCAGUAACAGAGCUUGCUGUUAAUGUAUAACUUAAAUCAUAAUAAACUUGCAGCGAAAAAAGUAGGCAUCUUGAGUAAAAUCUGGUCUACAGUUGAACAAAGAAGGGGCAUAAAGAGAAUUAAGGGAGAAAAUAUACUCGAGCGGCAGCCAGUUGCAAUUGUAAUUAUUAUCAUUCCAUUCGACUUUACAACAGUGAUUUUAAUUGAAAACGUGACUGUAACAGCCACGUACAUACAGUGGAAUAAGAAAUAUUUUACCAAACACAUUCCGCCUACGACGACACUUUGCUCAUCCUCGCGGCAAAAUGACUGUAAAGCUGGCGAAUUUUUUUAGUAAUGUCGCCUCUAUGCCAACUACAGCGGCAGUCUCGCCGCCCAUUACCUCGGCUACUAGCACCACCACCUCCACCACCGGUUACCAUCAACAGCAGCAACACAUCCCGUUUAUGCAACAACAGACACAACAGCAAUCGUCUCUACUAUAUCCGUAUAUUGCCAGUGAUAUGGACGGCGAUGGAUUGUACGAUGAUGAUAACAUGUCGUUAUAUUCGAAUGUAACCACUGCCAAUGAUAUUAUGAUGCAGCGCAGUCAUUCAUGCAACAAUUCGCAGCGUCCGCUGUUGGGUGAAAGGAAGCCGCCAAAAAUGUUGAGUAGCGAAACGACAAAGAAAAAUAAAAAGUCGACUGGUAUUAAUCAACCGCAACGUAACUUGCAACUGCAACAACAGCAAGGAAAACCGCAACUACUGCAACAACAGAAAUCAUAUAUCUCGCCAUACGUGCAACAACAGAAACGUGAUAGCGCCAAGGGAUUGCACGGCUUUAACGAUUUCGAUGUUUUGUCACAGCAAUAUACGGAGCAUUUGCGCAGCAGUCCGCACAUUGGCUACCCUUACGGUAGCCCUCCAUCGCCUACAGCCAAAUCCAAUGAUUUUGUAUUCGAUACGUUGACUAUGCGGCAACAACUUCCUUUAUGUGGAGACCCUAUUUACAGCAAUACUGGCUUAAUGCGCAAACAACAAAUGAAUCCACAGCAACAAACAGGAAAUGACAUUAAUGAGACGACGGAUUACCACUCUUUCUAUGGAAGUAACGCUGGCACUGUAAGUGGUAGUGGAGGUGGUAGCAAUGGCCUUAUAACCUCAACGAAUAACACACCUUCGUCCCAUUAUAUGGGCAAAUCGUCACGCUUUGAAGACGAUUUUUGUAAUCGGCGUAAUGCCAAGUUUGCAGCGCCUCAACCUUUGUCAACAACUGGGAAGGGUCGGUUGCCAUUAUUACUUGAUGAUGCUGAAGAUGUGGGUGGGCCUUUCAUAUUUGGUGGUGUGCCUCAUGAACAACCUCGUCAACAGAAUCAAUAUUAUGGAGACUCUUCCCUCUCAAAGGAAGUCCAGCAGGAGGAAUUCAGUAAAAUACCAAGAGCAGCGAUCAGUUCGGUGGACUCUGUGAUAGACGAAGCAGAGAAAUGCUCACCCUUUGAAGGGCAAGUUACCGUGUCAAGCAGUGACACCAGCGCCAGUUCCCGUGACAGUGGCAGUAAUAAAGGCGCGAAGUUUCUACUGCGAAAAGGCAAAUCAAAGCGUGGCGCCAAAGUUAUAGAAAAGAAAAGCGGAGCUAACGCGGCGAUGCAAAGAAAGACACAACAAAAGGAUUUGAAAACGCCUUCAAUUAAAUGUGUGCUCGUAGGCGACGGUGCCGUGGGAAAGACUAAUUUGAUUUUAAGUUAUUUAAAAAAUCGUUUUAAUACGGAGCAUGUACCAACGGCAUCAGACAUAUACAGGGCUGAUGUAAUGGUCAAUGAAAGUCUCGUGCAUUUGACUAUUUGUGAUACAGCAGGGCAGGAUACAUUAGACAAGCUAAGACAAUUGUGUUAUCCAGAUAGUGAUGUGUUUGUGUUGUGUUUCUCCGUUGUAAAGCCCGAAACAUUUCAUUCCGUUAAAACGAAGUGGGCACCGAAGUUCGCUAAGACGAAAGCAGCUCUAAUACUUGUCGGAACACAAGCGGAUUUACGGAACGACACUCAUGUCUUAAACAGAUUAAAGCUUUGUGGAGAAAGGCCAAUUUCAUACGCUGACGCCUGGGAUUUAGCAGCGAGUGUUGACGCAAAAUAUAUUGAGACUUCAUCAGCCACGCAGGACAAAGUCAAAGAAGUCUUCGACACGGCAAUAUGGGAAGCACUGUCGCCUACAACGCUGCCACCCACACCAAAACCACCACUAUGGAAGAAGCUUCUGUGUCUGGCGUAAGACGGAUGCUUUUAUGCAAAGAAAUGUAUGUAUGUAUUUGCAUGGCGAAAGUUGGAAUAAUAAUGUUAAAAAAGCACAUAUAAAAUGAGAAUGAAAAUGUGAACAAAUAAUGAGAAAUGGGUUCUGUAACUAAGAAA